CGGCGACAGCCAGUGCCUGGCAGACAGGACACGGGGGGCGCUGGGGGGUGGACGGGGACGGGUAGCAAGCAAGUGCCAGCAAGAGAGGAAAUUACCCUUGGUUGGGCCAAAUCAUUUGGUUGACUUUCCCACCUGGGCUCAUUCUCAUUCACCGGCUUCUGUCCUUCAGAAACAUCCGCCAACCUCGUGAUCCUCUUUUUCCUCUCUCCCUGCCCAUCGCCUUCUCCAACUCCGUCUCUCCUCCCCCCCUUGACGAGGCCGCAAUUCCAAGUUCGAGUAACAGAUACCCUUCUUGGAAUACAGAAACGUAUCACAACUUCACUCCUUAACAGCACACACUCACGCGCACCGUUCACUCUCGCUCCCUUGCGGAAAAGCUAUCACAAUGGCGCAGCCUCAAACCAUCUUCCCCCAGACCCAUGUCGGUUUCGACAGCAUCACGUCCCAGAUUGAGAAGAAGCUCCUGAAGAGAGGCUUCCAGUUCAACGUCAUCUGCGUCGGCCAGACUGGUCUGGGCAAGUCCACCCUGAUCAACACCAUCUUCGCCUCCCACCUCAUCGACUCCAAGGGUCGUUUGAUGCCCGAUGAGCCCGUCCGCUCUACCACCGAGAUCCAGGCCGUCUCCCACAUGAUCGAGGAGAAUGGCGUCCGUCUGCGCCUCAACAUCGUCGACACCCCCGGAUACGGCGACCUCGUCAACAACGACCGCUGCUGGGAUCCCAUCGUCAAGUACAUCAAGGACCAACACUCCGCUUACUUGCGAAAGGAGCUCACCGCUCAGCGAGAGCGUUACAUUCAAGACACCCGCAUCCACGCCUGCCUCUUCUUCAUCCAACCCUCGGGCCACUCCCUGAAGCCCAUCGACAUUGUCGUCCUGAAGAAGCUGUCCGAUGUCGUCAACGUCGUCCCCGUUAUCGCCAAGUCCGAUACCCUGACUCUCGAGGAGCGUCAGGAGUUCAAGGAGCGUAUCAAGGAGGAGUUCGCUUUCCACAACCUCAAGAUGUACCCGUACGACAACGACGAGUUUGACGACGAGGAGCGCAGCUUGAACACCCAGAUCAAGGAUCUCGUUCCCUUCGCCGUCGUCGGCUCCGAAAAGUCCAUCAUUGUCAACGGCAAGCAGGUUCGCGGUCGCCAGAACCGGUGGGGUGUCAUCAACGUUGAGGACGAGAACCACUGCGAAUUCGUCUACCUGAGAAAUUUCCUUCUCCGCACCCAUCUCCAGGAUCUCAUCGAGACCACCUCGCAGAUCCACUACGAGACUUUCCGUGCCAAGCAAUUGCUUGCGCUCAAGGAGAGCAGCGCGCACGGUGGCGGUAGCAGACCCAUCAGCCCUGCUGCUGACCGUGAGCUCAGCCGGAACUCUCAACGAAUGACCAUGAACGGAUACUAGUUUCCGGAUAUCCCACCCCACCUACUCGAGGCGCCUGACGGCCAUGAUAUUCUUGGGCAGCUGGGCUUCUGACGACUUUCAAUCUCAUGGUGUUAUGCGCAGACCAACAAAAAGAACAGGCACGGUACGGCCUCGACAGCAUGCAGAUGCUGCAUCGACCAGUAAUGCAGAGGGGAGGUAGCAGCCGCUACGUCCAUGGUAAAACUUGGCGGAAGUGAUUUCGCAUGGGAGGCUCGAACAUGCUUGCGUGGCGCACGGAUAUAGGCCCAUACCCCCUUCUCUAGACUUCAUGGUCGUUGUUUAAGUACUCGUGCUGGCGAAAAUAGUCCAAUAUUCCCCCUUUCCGCCUCAUCAGCUGGACGCACUUCUACUGUUUUCUUAUUUCGGCUUUUUUAAAGCAGCAUUUCAACCUCGGCUUCACUUGUACCCCCAUUUUCUUCUUACACUUUAAUCCAUUCGUACUCUGAUAGAGAGUUCGUUUCGAUACCUCGUGGAAUACAACCGAC